CCAAAAAACAAUAUGAAGGAUACCAACAAGACCUGGGUAACAGAAUUCUUUUUUUUGGGACUUUCUGAUGACUUUCAAACCCAGAUUUUACUCUUUAUAUUAUUCCUGGUGGUCUACUUGGUUACUGUACUUGGAAACCUGCUCCUUAUCUCCCUGGUUCUGAUUGACUCAAAGCUCCAUACAUCCAUGUACUUUUUCCUUGGCAACUUGUCUUUGGCUGACCUGUGCUUUUCUACCUGUAUUGUUCCCCAAGCUCUUGCCCACCUAUUGUCCAGGAGGAAGAUCAUUUCCUUCACAGGCUGUGCAGCUCAGCUCCUUUUUUCUCUCUUUUUAGGAUGUACAGAGUGUGCAUUAUUGGCUGUGAUGUCUUAUGAUCGAUAUUUAGCAAUCUGUGAUCCUAUGCAUUAUCCUCUCAUCAUGACAUGGAGACUAUGUGGCCACUUAGCUUUAGGUUGCUGGGCCAGCGGUAUUUUAGUGACAUUAAUUGACACUACAGUCACAUUACAACUUCCCUACCGAGGAGAUAAUAGAAUUGCUCAUUUCUUUUGUGAGUCCCCAGCCCUUUUGGCCUUGGCAUCAACAGACACUCAUAGCUCACAGAUGGUCAUUUUCCUCAUGGGAGUGGUGAUACUUCUUGCACCUGUUUCUUUGAUCUUGGCAUCCUAUGGCUCCAUUAUAGUGACUAUUCUCAAAAUGAAGACAAACUCAGGAAGACUGAAGGCAUUUUCCACCUGUGGCUCUCACCUUCUUGUGGUCAUUAUUUUUUAUGGGUCAGCAAUCAUCAACUAUAUGACACUUAAAUCCUCCAAGGAGCAGGGGAAAAUAGUGUCUGUGUUCUAUACUGUGAUAAACCCUAUGCUUAAUCCCCUCAUUUACAGCCUGAGGAACAAGGAUGUGAAGAGAGCACUCAAAAAUGUAUCUAAAAGAAAGAAACUGUUGAAAUCCUGA